CAGUCAACAAAAGAACAACGGAAAUACGAAGCAAAAUUGUUGUUUUUCUCUUCUCUAGUUUUGUAAAUUAAGAAGCUUCCAAGGAAGGGCAACAGGGGGUAAAUUCAGCACUAGAAAAAUAAACCAUCAAUCGCUCUCUUCCUUUCCUCUCUCUCUCUCUUUCUCUCUCUCUUUCUACAUAUCCUUCUCUGGUUGAUAUUCUUCCUCUCAGAAUAUUAAGCUUUUAAGGUCAACAAUAUCAACAACUUGGCUUUCUUCAAUCGUGCACUGCUUGUUUUAGGGUUUGAGUGUAUGUGUGUUUGUUAAUCUCUCGGUCAAAGAAGAAGGCACCGACCCUUUUUUCUUUUUCUUUUUUUUUUUUAUAAUUUGUGUACUCAGACAGAGCUAGCUCCACUUUUAGCUCUCUGUGGUCUCAGAGAUCUGUGAGAAAAAGAUAUAGAAUCUUUUACAGCCCAAAUACACCAUGAAAUUGCAGGUCUUGAAGGCCGUCAUCAGGUCUUCUAGGACGAUUCACCCACCUUCUUGAUACUCUCAGGAUUGUUUUUUUAUAUAUAUAUAAAAAAAAUCGAUAUCAAUUUCUGGAUAGAUCCACUGAAUUAAUUUGGAGGAGGAGGAUGAGUAAAGAGUAUGCUCAAGAAUUUCGGAGAGAGUAUUCAGACAAAGAAGAAGAAGAAGAUCAAGAAGAAGAGGAUGAGGCACCAAAAUCAUCAUCAUCAUCAUGUUGUUGUUCCUCAGCAGCAGCUGCAGAAUCAAUGGCUAAUCAGGAGAUUUGAGUCCCCAUCAGAAGAUCAUCAUCAUGAAUCUGCCGCAGCAGCAGCGGCAUCAGAAACUACGAAUUUCAACAGCAAAUUACAUCUCAUAGACUUGUCGUUGAAAAGCAGCGACGAGGAAGCCAGCGAUGGUUCUCGAGGAGGUUGGUCGGGUAUUGAGAGGGAGCACAUGUUCGACAAAGUGGUGACGCCGAGUGACGUAGGCAAGCUCAACCGCCUCGUUAUUCCGAAGCAACACGCGGAGAAGUAUUUUCCCCUCGACUCUUCCACAAACGAGAAAGGCCUGCUCUUGAAUUUCGAAGAUCGGAAUGGGAAACCGUGGCGAUUCCGGUACUCUUACUGGAACAGCAGCCAGAGCUAUGUUAUGACCAAAGGUUGGAGCCGCUUCGUCAAGGAGAAGAAGCUGGACGCCGGCGACGUCGUUUCGUUCCAGCGAGGCGUUGGUGAAUCAGGUAAGAAUCGUUUGUAUAUUGAUUGGAGGAGACGCCCUUACGCACCUCCAAACCCGGCCACAUCGCUGCUUGCACCUCUGCAGCUUCCAUCCGAUCACCUCCACCACCAUCAUCAGCAGCAGCAGCACCAACAUUUCCCGCAGUCCGUCCGAUGGGCCGGCCGGCUCUACUCGAUGCCGCAGCCACAGCCAGUUUCGAUGCCACUGAGACACCAUGAGCAUUUUCAAUACCAGUUGAGUAGUUACAACAAUGUUCAUCCUUAUAACCGCCAUCAUCAUCAACAGUAUUACAGCUCAAACUACCACCACGGUGGCAGUACUACUAGUAGUCAAUAUGACUACUACAACUUUCUUAGGUCAUCAUCAGGAGGAGGAGGGGGAGGAAGUUCUCUUUUACACUCACAAUUACAUCAGGCUGAGGAAGUUCAAAGGGUUGGUGGUGGUGGUGGUGGAGGAAAUAUUGUUCCAAUGGUGAUUGAAUCAGUGCCUGUCGGUCGCCAUGGCACAAAUACUGGUACUAAUACUAAUACUCAACCUUCUCAUGAAUCUAAACGCCUUAGACUAUUUGGUGUAAACAUGGAGUACAAAGAAGAACCGGAUUGCGAUAUAUUGUCUUCUAGUAGAACUGCAGUACCGGAUGUGGCAAUGGCUUCUCAGUCUCUUCUUCAUCAUCAUCUUUCUUCCUCUUCUCUCGAAGUAAAGCUACCCAACCACUCACAGCCAAGUACAAUUCCAAUUCCAAUUCCAGCAGAGUUUUUGAAGAAAGGAAAAUCUACUUCUUUGUCUUUCGCUUUGGAUCCUUAGCUAGCUAGAUAAAAGAAAUUUCAUGAGGAUAAGUGAAACCCAUUGGAGUAUACAGUUUCUCUCUAGCCCAUUUUCUUGUUUUGUGUCUUACAAAUUAUAUUAUGAACACCCUAAAAAUAUUUACUUUUCACAUCUAAAUUUGCAUUGCCAUGGGCACUGAAUUUAGGAUAAAAUCCCUAAGUCUCUCGAAAGAAUAUAUAUAUAUGAUGAUCUGUUUUGCCUUAAUUUUGUUCUUCGAUUAUAUAUCCAGUUAUAUAUAUAUUGGUACAUUGGUUAAUUAUAUAUAUAUAUAUAUAUAUAGCUGAGGUUUGGGGUUGUAAAGAAUUUUAGAUCAACAUGAUACGCAGCGUGCGAACAAUUAUUUAAUGUUGUUGAGUUGGAAUAUUUGCAAUUGUGUAUAAUACACCAUAUAUAUUUUAAAAUGAAGAGUCAUCAACUUCAUAUAUAUAUAUAUAUAUAUAUAUAUAUAUCCUUGUUAAUUACUUGGGGUUUGCUUGAAUCCGAGGAUUCUAUGAAUGACAUGGUUUUCGGCCGCUUAAUUAGUUUAUACAUUUCCAAUGAAUCUGUUCCUCCUAUCAAUUUUUUUUUGUUAAUUAAAUAGCAUAUUUAUAUAUAUGUGUAUAUAUAUAUAUAUAUAUAGGAACUGGAUCUUCUCUUUGAUCAAUAAUCUGUUGGAGUUGUUCCUGAAUUAGAAGUUCUGUAGCACACAGGAGAUUGAUGCAAAGGAUCGAAAAGUUGUGUUCAUUAGUUUCUUUUCUCUCAACACUGUUGUUUUCUGAAUAACCCCCUUUAAUGUUUAGCGUUAAUCUUGCUGGCUGCUACUUCUGCGUCUGCUGUGCUGCUGAUUAGUUAGGCACGCUCUGCAGGUAAUGGGCAUAUAAAGUUUCAAUUUUCAGUGCUAUUAAAAAAAUAAUAAUAAUAAAAAAAUUAUUUAAAAAAAAAAAAGAGGUUCGUAUUUGUACUUUUUAUUUUUAUGUACCUAGCUCUCUCAUCUCUCUCUCCAUGUAGAUUUGCACUAGUAUUUAUGAAGUAGUUACCAUUGUUUUUAUUGAUCAUGUCUUCCGAUCUUUAAUUGCUGCCACCCGGCCAGCUUCCAACCUUGUCCCUCUGGAUUAAUGCAAAACCUUGUUUAAAGCAGAAGACCGUACAGUUCCUUCAUCAGUACAGUAAGCAUUUGUGUUGUUGGAUCAGCCUACAUUAAAACAUAUUGUUAGAAAAAAGUUCGUCUCUGCAUGCUUGGUUUUGAUUGUUAAUCCCAAUACAUAUCUAUGCAUAUAUGCAUACAUGCUUUUCUAUUUCUCUUAGAGCACAUAUUCGUCACAAGUACUGUAUCAAUCAAAUCUGUCAUUACAAAUAUGUAAAUAUGUAUAUAUUCUAAUUU